AUGGAUAACCAAACUCCACGAAUAUUUAUUGGAUCCCAACCGCAUUCGGAUAAUAGAUCACCUAAAGUCAAAGGAAUAGGUCAUUGGAAUACUUAUGUAAAAUCCCCUUCGUACCUGAACCUCGUACCAGGUGAUCGUCUUAUAACUGCAGAUGAAUUAGCCGAUCAUAACAAAAACAAUGAUAUGUGGAUGGCGUUUCGGAAUGGCUCGACAGUUGAAGUAUAUGACGUCACACCUUUUCUGGAAUAUCAUCCAGGUGGGCAGCAGAUUUUGGCUGAAUUCGCCGGAACAGACGCCACCGAGCCAUUUCGAUGUGCCCACGCUUACAUUAGCCUCAAUAUGAUAUCGCGUCUAAAGAAGGGGCGUCUUGUGUCACACAGUGGACCAAAACCUUCACAAAAUUUCCUAACGCCAAGAAUGAAUAUUCUUCCCCCGUCUCAGAUUAACCGAAAUCUCCCACUGAAACCAACGCUUGAUUGGUUUUUGUCACCAGACAAAACUAGCCUCAUUCUCUCCUUUAAAUUUAAUCAGGAACUCAUAACACUUGAUAGUCAACUACACGGAAUGGCUAGCAUGAAGCAGGAUGAAAAUGACUCCGAACGUACAAUUCUGAAUAUGCGGAUUCUGCUGGAAAAAGCGUUCUACUCUUUCAAAUUAAAGCUUUUACCUGGUUUGAGACCGUGCUUAGACAAAAUGGAAAUUAGCCCUAAAUCUUUCUAUAGUCGAAAUCCUUCUUCUUAUGUGAAUGUUGAAUUUACCAACACCUCUUCAUCUCAACGAAAUCUCAGUGCAAUCGGAAGUGUUCUGCAGGAGAAAUUUGUGGAAUUCUCAAAACUACCAGACCUUGAUGAUUAUCUGGACUGCGAUGUGAUUACUAGCAGUCUUGAGUCAAAUCGUAUUUACCGAUCUAUUCGACUGAGAUGGCCAGUUGAAGCAUCCCACAUUCCCAUUCCCUUUUUAAGUCACGUCUAUGUCCGCGUUAAAGAUAGUAAAGGUGACGAACACAUAAGGCCCUAUACUCCGACUUGUGUCACUCUACUUCAUGGCGCAGACCACGGGGCUCCAGGGUCACUGGAUACAUCGUAUUUUGAUAUUCUCGUCAAAAUCUACGAAAACGGUAUCGUCUCACGAAUUCUCAAUGAAGUUGCAAUAGGCUCUAAACUGAGAGUUAGUUUACCUCAAUGUUCUCUCAGUUCAAGCAUUCUAGUCGAGCGUAUCGUAAAUCCGCCGUGUGUUGAUAGUUUUCGUCCCUGGAAGAACAUAUGUAUCUUAUGCGCUGGAAGUGGAAUCACGCCCUUCAUACCUCUCAUCAAAUUCCUUCUCUCCUCCUUCCCUGAUCACAGGAUCUCUCUUCUCUGGUUCAAUCGAUGCCAUGACGAUUUGGUGUUGUUCGAUGAUUUCGUGAAUUUCGCCUCUGAAAGCUUUAAGCAACAAUUUUGGCUAUCAGAGGAAAGAGUUUUACCCUCCACAUAUCACCGUUCUGGUACAAUUGAGGAUAUAAAGUCGCGCCAAUUUUUCGCUACAAGUGUGGCCUUGCCUGUUGAAUCUACCUUGGUCCUUAUUUGCGGACCACCCGGGUUCAAUUUAGCCGCCAAAGCGGUGACGGAAGAGUGGAGUAUUAAACAACGUAACGUUUACGUUUUGUAA